AGCGCUCCCUCAAAACCCCUUCGCCGCCGCUCGGCGUGCCGCCCCUGUCGGCCCGCGCGGCGCUGCUGGCAUCCGCUUUCGUGUUGACAGGCAUGGUGACUGCCUCGCUGGCGAUUUUGCGGCGCCUUCGUCAAACUGCAGCAAUGGAGCUGACUAGUUGA